CGCGGAGGCUACGUGCCUCAGCAGAAUCCCACGUGCUGCUCCUGCUGGUGACGCGCAUUCAAGAUCAAGAUGGCAGCCUCCGUGUGUCGGUGUUACGAGCUCGUCGGCAGACGUGUACUGACCUUGUCCUCACGUUCUCUUGGCUCCUCGCUCGGAAGGAUUGAUGCCUACAGUCCCCGCACAGCUCAGAGUCAAGAUGUCCAGGUGCGCCAUGCCUCAGGUCGGAAGGGGUUCUUCGGGGAGUUUGUGGAGAACUUACGGCAGGAGUUCGGUAAGAACCAGGAGAUGAAGGACAACAUCAAGAAGUUCAGAGACGAGGCCAAGAGACUAGAGGAGUCCGACGCCCUCCAGCAGGCCCGGAGGAAAUAUAAAACAAUAGAAUCUGAGACUGUGAAGACAUCGGAGGUGUUCAAGAAGACUUUUGGUUCUUUUAGUGAAACGGUGAAAGAGGGUCUGGAGGAGGUCAGUCGCACAGACCUGGGUAAGAAGAUCAAGGAGGGGGUGGAGGAGGCGGCCAGGACAGCCAAACACUCGGCCGAGUCUGUCUCCAAGGGAGGGGAGAAGCUGGGCUCCACGGGAGCCUUCAGGGCCAUCUCCCAGGGCAUGGAGAGCAUGAAGAAGGAGAUGGACAUAGUGGAUGAUGGCACCUACAGAGCUCCGCCUCAGCUCAGGAAGAGGAGCGAGUUCUCCUCCAAGCCGGGGGACAAUGACACCAGGGUGUUUGAGGCCAACGAGGAGGCCCUGGGCGUGGUGCUCCACAAGGACUCAAAGUGGUUCCAGCAGUGGAAGGACUUCAAGGACAACAACGUGGUGGUCAACCGGUUCUUCGAAAUGAAGAUGAAGUACGAUGAGAGUGACAAUGCGCUGAUCCGAGCGAGCAGGGCUGUGACGGACCGGGUCACGGACCUCAUGGGUGGACUUUUCUCCAAGACGGAGAUGUCCGCGGUGUUGACGGAGAUCCUGAAAGCCGACCCCAGCUUUGACAAGGACGCCUUCCUCCGGCAGUGCGAGAAGGACAUCAUCCCCAACAUCCUGGAGGCUCUUGUCCGUGGCGAGUUGGAUGUGCUGAAAGACUGGUGCUAUGAAGCGACUUACAGUCAGCUGGCUCACCCCAUCCAGCAGGCCAGAGCUCUGGGCCUGAUGUUCCAGUCCAAGAUCCUUGAUAUCGACAACAUAGAUCUUGCCAUGGGGAAGAUCAUGGACCAGGGACCCGUGCUGAUUAUCACCUUCCAGGCGCAGGUCGUCAUGGUGAUCCGAGGCCCCAAAGGAGAUCUCGUGGAAGGGGAUCCGGAGAAGGUGAUGAGGAUGAUGCACGUGUGGGCGUUGUGCCGGGACCAGGAGGAGCUGAACCCCAACGCAGCCUGGAGGCUCCUGGACAUGUCGGCCUCCAGCACGGAGCAGGCCCUGUAGAGGAGAAGGAGCUGCGUACACACACACACACACUGACACACUGACACACACACACACACACACACUGACACACACACUGACACCGACACACAGACAGAAGGCACAGUGACGGGGAUGGCGUAUGCUCAACAAGAAGGUGGACUGGAAGGACGUGGAUGUAGAAUCCAUGCUCUGGCGCUAACAAAACUCUGACCAGCUCACACACACACACACACACACACACACACACACCCCUUCCCGCCAGACUCAUGGCUGCGUGAGAGCGUUGGUACGCAUCAUUUUUGAUUUCAGAAAAGAAAAGUCCAUGUGCUGGACCACAUGCAAGCAUGAGAACAUGUACGUGCCACGGGAAGCCAUGUUACAUCAUGUGUGUGUGUGUGUGUGUGUGUGUGUGUGUAUGCACAUACACCAUCAAACGUCUUUCUAUGGUUGGAAUGUGUUUUUUGCAGGCUUCCUAGUUGUGUGUGUGUCUGUGGUGCUUUCAAUAGGAACCCUAUUUAUUUUACAAUCGACCAUGACAUGCCUCUGCAAGGGACGAUAGUUCUAGGCUCUCCUGGCCAGCAUGAGGUCCAUCCCACGAAGGACAUGAAGACAGCAUCAAAGACUGGAUGUGUGGACCAGAUAGAGCUGCCAUUUACCUAAAGGCCAAAACAGACAACCUGCGCUAGCCUAUAUGUAUGUUUUAUUGUCUUGCACGAUCCAGGCAAGAUGUGUGUAUUCCGUUUUAGCUCUAGAUCGUCGUAGCUUGUCUCAUAUUAAUAUAGACUCUUCUCUACUCCUUGUAAAUAUACAGUAUGUGAGGUAUGCGUCUGUUGCAUGCCGACAACAACAAGCGGCCCUCAGCUACCUGAACUAAUUUACUGGUUCACAUGAUCCACGUAGUUCUUUCUAAUUCAGUGUUGUCUCAUCUCUGGUUCAGUUGCUCAUGGCAAAGGCUGGGACCUAAGAUGAGAACAUGUAUUUGAUUCUUUUUUUUUUAUAUAUAUAUAUUGUUUUUGUAUUCGGUUUUAUCCAUUGAACAAUUUCUGUAAUCAUUCUAAUUCAGACACCAGGUGAAAUUUCUUCUGCCAACAUUUCAAAUGUCCUCAUUUGCAUUUGUGAAAACUAUGUGAAAGAUAUUAUUGAACAUUAUGCAUCUUAAUGAACAUUGAGAGUGGCUAUAAUGGCAAUAGCUGCUGACAUAGUUUCAGGAAAGAGAUCUGGCAGUUCUAUGUGAAUGCAGACAUUAUUUAGCAUAUUGAUCUAUGACGGAAAUGUAAGUUGAUCCUUGUACUUCAUGGAAGCCUGACAAGUCAUAUUAAUGUAUUGAGUCCACUGUGUAUAGCUACUGGUCCACUCUGCCCAUUGUUUACAUAGAGUGAAGAAAGUGCAGAUACGACAGCUGAACGUACAAUUAGGGCCUUUCAGCAUACUUAAGCAGUAGGACAUUGUGUAUUGCUUGGUGGGGAUAGUUCAUCUUUCGUUGUAUUUUUAUUGCAUUCCGAAUGUAUCUGUUUUCACUGGUUAGAUGUAUUACCUGGAAGAAUGCUAAAGCAGGUGUUGUUUAAAGGGGGUUUACCAUGAAAUAAGCAGUGGUUCUGUACAAAAGAAAUAUUUUAAUUUAUAUAACAGAUUUAGUUAAAAGAAUAUCGAACAUUUCCAUUUUUCGAUAAUUCUUUGUAGAAAAAAAGCUGAUUCUGUGAUAUUGUAGAUAACGUUUGAGUUACUUGCCAUACAAGACUUGUCAAAGGCUGUCUUUCAUCCUGUCUUUCAUUUCAUCAAGUAAGCGGUCGGCUCAUAUUGUAUUUCCAUAUCCUCAUUCUUUCUAAUUAUUUGCUGUAAAUAAAGAAGACUAUUAUA